AAUUUAUGACUUGUCUCUGGUCCUUUCAAACUGCCUCCUGUUUCUCACAAUACCACACACACAUACAUGCACAAAAUCAACCUUUAUUAAUCUCUGGGACAUUCUGAAUCGUUUAAUCCACUCCAGAGGUGACCCUUCAGGAACUGGAGAGCGAGCCCUUGGUUUUUGGAGUUUGAAAUAUAAACUGGGGGGGGCGGGGGGUGGGCGCCGAGAUCAAGAGGAGCUGGAGAUGGCAAAUUCCGGGUUCCAGCUGCUUGGCUACUUUUUGGCCCUGGGUGGAUGGGUCGGCAUCAUAUCCACCACCGCGCUCCCCCAGUGGAAACAGUCCUCCUACGCCGGAGAUGCGAUCAUUACCGCGGUGGGGCUAUACGAGGGUCUCUGGAUGUCCUGCGCUUCCCAAAGUACCGGGCAAGUUCAGUGCAAAGUGUAUGAUUCCCUGUUGCUGUUGGACGCCCACAUCCAGGCUUCCCGGGCGCUGAUGAUUGUUUCAGUUGUUCUUGGCUUUAUUGGCAUCAUCGUUAGUGUCGUGGGAAUGAAGUGUACAAAAGUAGGAGACAAUAACCCACUCACCAAAAGCAGGGUCGCAGUCUCAGGAGGGGUGCUUUUUCUCAUGGCUGGACUCUGCACCCUAGUGGCGGUAUCCUGGUAUGCAACAAAAGUUUCAAAUGAGUUCUUUGACCCUUUAACACCAGUCAAUGCCAGAUAUGAGUUUGGCUCGGCAUUGUUUGUCGGAUGGGCAGCUGCGAGCCUGACCAUUCUGGGAGGAUCGUUCCUCUGCUGUUCCUGUCCAAAUGAAGAAAGAAGGGGCCAAUCAUACUACAGGCCCUCUCAGCCGUCUACAGUCAAAGAGUCAAAUUUUAAGAAAACAGCUUCUGUCAAAGGAGAGCAUUAUUUAUAGCGAGGCAGUACACAACAGUUUUGUAACGUCACAAAUGUGUUCAGUUCCCUCACAUGAGCAAUCCUUUUUUUUGAAAAAGAAAGUAAUUUUAAAGCUCUGUGUUAUUACCAAAACUUAGUUAGACUCUAGGGCAAUGUGCAGGACACUGUGUAGCCCAGACCUCAUCCCAACUUUAUUGUUGUUUGUAUAUGGGCUUAGUAUUAGAACUGAAUUGUACAUAUAUUCUCUUGAUUCUAUAAGAAGAUUGUAUUUUCAUGUACAUUGGAUAUUGUUAAUUCAGCUGUUGUACUGGAUGCUGAAAAAUGUUUUCUUUUAAUAAAGGUGAAUUAAUUGUC